GUGCACGAAACCCCAUUCCCAAAAAAGGCAAAGCUAGAAGUCCCAAAACUCACCGGCAAGGAGGACCCGGAAAUACACGUCAAAACCCUCCACUAAAGUGGGAGAAUGAUGGGUAUUUCCAGGGACGAAAAGUGUUUACUUUUCUUCCAAACCCUCCGCGGCCGAGCCACCGAGUGGUUUCACAACCUCCCAGCCGGUGAAAUUGAUUCUUUUGAUGAGCUGGCCGAGGUGUUUCAAGAGAAUUUCAAAGAAAACUGUAGCAAGAGGAAGAAAUUUACCUACUUGAGUACGGCCGGGCAGAGGGAACACGAAGAUUUGACCAAGUUCCUCACGUGGUGGAAGGAUGAAGUGGACAAAGUAGAGGAGAUGAACGACAAAACUGCAAUGUCCCUCCUGCUCUCCGGGCUUCGUUCCGGAGAAUUAUACAAGGAAUUCUGCCAGAGACCUCCCCAGUCUUACCAAGAGGCCUACAACAUGGCAUGGGAUUAUGCUGACACCGAAGCGCAUGUGUCUUCCAAAAGGGAAGCCGAGCAGGGCCACUCCAAAGGGAGGAUUUCCUUGAAAAAGGAUAUCGAACUGCCCGGCAGGGUAAAAGCAGAAGUCAUGGAGGUGAAGCCGGCCAAGGCAGAGAAGAAACUAGCCGGGGAGAAGCAGUGGACCGAGAAGUAUUGCUCCUUUCACAAAACGGACUCCCAUAACACUGUUGACUGCAAUAGUGUUAAGGGGGUAAUAAAGAAGAUGAUCGAGGCCGGAGAGCUUGAUCCAGAGUAUCUAGCUCAUGCGAAGCAGAAGAAGAACCAAUGGAUCCGGCCUGAGGGACAACCGGCCGAGCAAAACAAGAAGAAGAAAGCAGCCGGUAAAGAGCACUUGCAGGUUAUUUAUGGAGGACCAGAAGGAGGAGAUUCUGCUUCUCAAAGAAAGAAGUGGGGGCUGGAACUCUACGUUGGCACAGUUGCCUCAGCUGACGGGUCAAUCCUCUUAACAUGCGAACUGGGCAUGGGAGACAAAGUUAUCCUGAAGCAGAUGAGGUUCGUGGUGGUGAACAUCAAAUGUGUUCACAAUGCGAUCUUGGGCCGGCCUGGAAUAAACAAAGUCCGUGGAAUCAUCUCCAUGGCCCACCUCUGUAUGAAGUUCUAUACGCCGGGUGGUAUAGGGCAAGUCAGAGGGGAUCAGAAGAAGGCCCGGUCUUAUUAUCUUGAAGCCGUAAAGAAGAUGACAAAGGCAUUCGAAAGGGUUACCCUGGUUUCCCAGGAGGAAGACCGGUCAAAGUUGGAGUCGGGUGAUGAGACCAAGCAGAUUGUUCUCCGAGAAGCAUUCCCAGAGAGAAUGGUGAGGAUAGGCCGAGAUCUGCCUGGAGGACUUCUAGAGGAAAUCAACUCAGUCCUUCGGGAGUUCGCCGGCAUAUUCGCUUGGAGUGUGGCGGAUAUUUUGGGCAUUAACCGGUCCAUCAUCUGUCACCGGUACCGGCUGGACACGGUACCGGUUUGGGCCGUGAACCGUUUGAGGAGAGGCAAAGCUACAGCCACCUCCGACGGUUCGACCUCACGCGGUUCUCGAGGAAGACACUCCGUCUCUUCGUUUCCUACUGUCCUAGAUCAUUUAAUCGGGGACGCUAUGACGGAUGAAGAAUUCAACCAGAUAUAUUCUGGUAGAGGGGACGCGAAUCUCCCCACUCUUGAUAGUCUAUUCGAGGAUGUUGAUGAAGCAGGACUGGAUAAUCUUGACGGGGACAGUGAGCCUACACCGCAAAGCAACGACUUCGACGUGGAGGCAGGUGAGCCCGAGACCGCUCGAGGUCCGGACAAAGGUAAAAAAAAUUAAAAUCAGAUUUAUUUGUUUAUCAUUUUGAAAAAGAAACAAAAGAUGGCAUAGUUUAUGGAACUUGUAUUAUUUGUGAUCCACGAUUUAAGAUUGAAAAUUUUAAAAUUCUAAUUGAGUAUUACUACAGUUGUUUUUUAGAUAAAAAUAGUUAUUACUACAGCUAUUUUGUAGAAUGGAAAAAUGAAAGAGAUAAUGCUAU